AUGUCAAAAGACCGCCUUGUAAAGAGCGUCACGAAGUUCGCUGAUGUCCAAUACAAGCUCUUCACCAAACGCUAUGGUCAGCAGCUCAUCGACAUUUUCGAGUUCCCUAUUAAGCUUGUGCUCUCUCCUUUCACUAUCGCCUUUGACGUCGCCGGCUCCGCCCAACGUGGCUUUGGCGUCCCCGAGUUGAUUUCCAAGCUCUCCUGCGCCUCAAUCUUUGUUGUAGCUACUCUAGGGACUUAUGACAUAGCCAUGGAGAUGGGAAAGAAGGUGAUAUGCCAGAGGAACUGUGAAACCUGCAACGGUUGGCAGGCAUUGCAGUGUGCCAUGUGCAAAGGAUCAGGGAGGGUGCACUACCAAGUGAAAAAUUACCCCUUGAAAAGUGGGGAGAGGGAAACGGCUGAAUGUGUUGCAGCUGCUAUUGCUGACAAUCGCGCUGAAUUGGUUCAUCUUCCAUCUGCCAUAGAUCUUCAUACACCAUUGCCAUCUAAAGACUGCCUGACCUGUGAUGGCACGGGUGUAAUGAGCUGUCCUGAGUGCAAAAACAAACUACAAGUCCGAAUCUCUGCAGAUGAUAUAAUGGAGCCUCCCUGGAAAGCCUACAAUGUUAUGAAGAAGAUGGACUACCCUUAUGAGCAUAUUGUGGACAGCAUGAAAGAUCCCAGCAUCGCUGCAUUUUGGUUGUUUACCUUGCCUCGGGUUGUGGGUGGUUAUGAGUAUGAUGAUGAUGUCAAGCAAAAACUUUGGUGGCAAUACAAGGAAUCUAUGCGGUACGAUCAACUUCGUGAUGUGGUGGCUAAGCGAAAACCUGGCUGGGAGCACUUGCAGGAGGCGUUGAUCUCCAUAGAUCCUGCUCGUGCGAGGGAUGAUCCUGUUAUUGUAAAAAAUGUCCCUUUCUAUAAAGCAAAGAAAGCUCUUGAAGCAGAAGUCAUGAAACUGAAUCCUCCACCAAGGCCACAAAACUGGGGUGAAUUGGACCUUCCAUUGAAUGCAUCUUCCUGGAGCAAGGAGGAUCUCAAAGAUCCUGAAAAGUUUUAUGAAAUGACUGUUCUUCUUAAUGCUCAGCGAGAAAUUGCUGACAAAAUGUUGGAUGCUCAAUGGGAGACUAAAUGGCGUCAAGAAAAGUUGAAUGAGAUGUUGGCGGAGAAGGUACGGCCAUACAUGCAGAAGAUCGACAAUGGGACCCUCUCUCAGCCUAUCAUACUACCACAACAAGAUCAAAAUCAGAAGAGGAACCGACUUCGGAGAUGGUGGUUCUUUUAAUGAUCUUCCAGGCUACUUUUGUACCGGAAAAACAUGGAUCGGCUCUUGUUAUAAUGAUGUAUGAUUUUUUUAUUGUGUAUUGUUUAGUGUAUUUCCCGCCAUGCUACUCUUGUUAUUCUGUUCCAAUUUUGAGGCUAGUAGGAUAUACUGGGACAUUGAUUGAUGUAAAUGAGAAGCAAAUGCCUAUCUUGUUGUCAAACUGAUGGUGCAUCUCGGAAUUCAUAAGAGAAAAUUUUCGAUUAGUCAAAUUCAAAU